AUGGACCCAAAUGCAAUUCAAUACCCCGCAAAAACCGCAAAAGAAGAGAUAUUUGACGAUGAUGAAGCGGGGACGAGCUCGCCGACUGAUGAUUAUGAGGAGCAGAUGCAAAUGCAAGUCGUCUCGUUGGCCUCGCGAGAAGAUACGGCUUUUGCUGAACUGCUCGAUACCCUGAUGCGAAAAGAAACCUCGACCGUCUACAUGCGACGCCAGGAAUGCCCAUGGUCUUUCGACAUCACAUUACCUGAACUCCUUGAAAACCCUGUAUACUGGGGAAAAGUUUUGUGGAGAUGUGCAAGU